UUCACCCACCCCUGCUCUUCUAAAGGAGCCUAAUCCACGUUCUCCAGGUGCCUCUUGAUUUCCCAAGGAGACACCUCCUCAGGCCUCCCCUUUGGCCUGGACAGAGCUGCUUGUCUUCUCUCCUGGGAGGACAGUGAGGCAAUGGGUCUGUCCUUGCUGCUGCCUCUGCUGCUGCUGCUGGCUACUCUGCAGGCUGGUAACUCAGAAAGAUGUGAUCCAAAAAUGGACUAUAGGAUGGACCAACCAGAGCACCUCUCAGCCCCCAAGGGUGGCACCAUCCACAUCAAUUUCACCUUCUAUUACUGUGGGGCAUUAGCCAAGGAUCCCAGAGUGAAUAUAGCCUUGAGACGGACACAUUUCCAUGGGCAGUUCAUCUACAACAGUAGUAGGCAUUUCGUCCAUGAGGAUUACAAGGACCGGAUCGUCCUGAACUUGCCAGAGGGUCAGAAGUCUGGCUUCCUGCAGAUAUUGAACCUGCGGGAGGAGGAUGAGAAUACGUAUUUUUGCCGGGUCCAAUUGAAGACACAAAGAUUUGGCUGGCAGCUGUGGCAGUCCAUCCUGGGGACCAAACUCACCGUCUACCUCGGGGAUCCCUCCAAAAUACUGAGGAGAAGUAUGAGAACAUUGGGAUUUAAACAGGAUGAAGCCCAGGAUAACGGCGGCAUCCUCUAUGCCUCCCUUACCCUCUCCAGUUCCUCCUCACCAGCAGCACAUCCCACCCUUCCCAAGAAGAGCCCCCAGGAGGAGACCCUAUACUCUAUCCUAAAGGCCUAAUGGGUGGGAUUGAAGGAUGACCUCCUUAGACUAAGCUGCAGAGCGGGUCACAGCUUCUGAUAACAACUCUGGCCAGACACAGAAGACUCAGAAGUCAGGGGGUGUGGAAGGCCACCAAGGACUGCAGAGAAACAGAGCCAUCUGCUCCAGUGCCCUCUCCACCUUCCCAGCCCUGCCCACAAGAAUAAAAGUACCUGUUGAAUUUGCCCAAAAGCAUCUAAGGAAAAAACUGAUAGCACCUUCAACUUCUGUCUUUUGCCUCUUGCCAAAAAUGAACUAUAAUAAACAGCUCCCACCCCAGAUCCCUCCUCCAGCACUGGAGUUCCGUGACUGCCUCCAGGCAGGGAACAAUAAACCCCAAAUGCUAGUAACCAGCCCAGAAGCCAGGGUCUGCCCCCCCAACUACCCAUUCUACUUCCCCUACCAUCAGAACCAGCAUGUACCGUGUGAAGUGCACCACCUCAUUUAAGCAUCUCCAACCACCUGACCCUGGACUGGUCACAAUCACCUGAGGCGUGAAGAGAUCUAUAAGUUUGUGCUUUUCUCAAAGCCACACACCUAUUAAGGCUGAGCCCGGGUCUGAACCCAGACCUGCCCAUCUUGACAGCCUCCUCCCCGAACUCGGGUGUCCCUGCCUUCCCAGAUUCCUAUACUGUGCAGGCCUCCCACAGAAACAGGGAUGCGCCACAUCCUGGGAUGCGCGGAGCAGAGGGAGGGAAGCCAAAGGAGAGCAUGUAGUUAGAGACAAACUACUUAAAGCAGUAACCUGUUUAUUAACACAUAAACCUGCACAGCUGUGACUGUGGCCGAUCAACAAACCCCACAUGUAGCAGCUUCUCAGGGACCCUCCGAGGGGCUUUCUCUGAUGCUCACAGGGAAGGGGGUGAGAGAGCAGCAGGGAGGCAGGAGCACA